AUGAUCAUACCACAGCCCUCGGAAGAAACCCCAAUCACUAUUGUCGGGGUCGGCCCCGUCGGCAUAUUCCUCACGUACCAACUCUCCCGCCUGAACGUCCCAUGUCUCCUCGCAGAACAAAGCCUGAGGACCACUAAAUGGCCGAAAAUGAACCUGACCAACGCCCGUGUUAUGGAGAUGUUGCGGGUUCUUGGUAUUGCGGAUGAGUGCCGGGAUAUUGAGGGGAGUGUCGGGGAAGAUGUAGACGACCAACCGUCAAGGAACAGCGGAGAUUAUCUGUCUCAUGCUGAGGAGGGAGAUAAUGUCGCUACGACUUUCGUCGAUAAAGAUGGACAGCCACACACCGUGCGGAGUAGAUACCUCAUCGGUUGUGAUGGAGGAAGCAGCAGGUUAUCAAAGGCAGCUGGGAUUAAGAUGAUUGGCGGGCAGAUGCGAGAUCGGAUCUAUCUUGUCCACUUCCGCUCUCAUGAACUCGCAGAGAAGCUCGCUUUUGGCCGCUCUUGGCCCAUCUUUCCCAUCCAUUCCGGCUUUAUCAUUGACCAAGACGACAAGGAUACCUUUACUGCACAUUACCCAGUGAGCAAACUCCCGUCCGGCACCAGAAUUGACCCCCACCAAGUAGUCUACCGCACUUUGGACGGCGAGGUCAAAAUCGAUGAGUUACUCGUGCACAGCGAAUGGACACCGUACUUCAGUAUCGCGGAGAAGUAUUACAUAGAUAGUUUGAAGGUCCUUCUUGUUGGCGAUGCAGCGCACAGAUCACCACCGCCUGGUGGACGUGCUCGAGACCGUACACCAGCGGGCGAGGAAAUUCGCGCCCAGAUAAAGCAGUUUAUCGAUAACUCCGGACCUGACACGAUAGAUCUGGGCAUUGAACUUGAUCUGCGGUACUAUGAGCACUCUCCCCUGAUAUACCAUGAUGGCUCAGGUAAACAUCAAUGGGACGUGCAACGGUAUAUCUCCAGCACUAGGCCCGGUUGUCGAGCACCGCAUGUUUUCCUAAAAGAUGGGGAGACUAGUACAUACGAUCUCUUCGGGAAAGGUCCGGAAUGGACGCUCAUCAAUUUCAUUAACGGUAACAAUCCUGACCAAGAAGAAACACGCAAGCGGGGCUUUUACGACUGUCUCCAAGGACAUGAAAUUCCCUCUGAAACGGGUCUUCGCCCGUAA